GAGAACACUACUGCUUAACAAAAUUUUAUAAUUUACAACAUCAUCUUUCUUGAAAACUGUACAAACAUUCACAAGUUAUUCAUGUUAGGAAAUGCUCGGCGGAUUUUAGAGACGGGUAUGACUGAAGACGUGGAUGGCCACGUCCUCGACAAGUACGAGCUACAGAAGAGGCUCGGCAAGGGCGCUUACGGUAUCGUAUGGAAAGCGAUCGACCGACGGACUAAGGAAACUGUGGCCUUGAAAAAGAUUUUCGAUGCAUUCCGGAACCAGACAGAUUCGCAACGGACGUUUCGCGAAGUGAUGUUUCUGCAAGAGUUCGGACGACAUCCGAAUGUCAUCAAGCUGUUUAAUAUUCAUAAAGCUGAUAAUGACAGGGACAUUUACCUGGUAUUCGAGUACAUGGAAGCCGAUUUGCACAAUGUCAUCAAGAAAAUGACCAUUCUGAAGGACGUGCACAAGCAGUAUAUCAUGUGUCAGCUGUUCCGUGCUAUUCGCUUUUUGCACAGCGGAAACGUGUUGCAUAGGGAUCUGAAACCGUCAAAUGUGCUCUUGGAUGCCGAUUGUCGAGUGAAGCUGGCGGAUUUCGGACUUGCGCGGUCUCUUUCAUCGCUGGAAGACUAUCCAGAAGGACAGAAUAUGCCCGAAUUGACUGAAUACGUCGCUACACGAUGGUAUCGUAGUCCGGAGAUUUUGCUAGCAGCCAAAAGAUACACUAAAGGUGUCGAUAUGUGGAGCCUUGGCUGCAUACUCGCCGAAAUGCUCUUAGGUCGAGCGUUGUUCCCUGGGACAUCGACUAUAAAUCAAAUAGAACGAAUUAUGAAUACAAUAGCUCGACCAAGUAGAGCUGAUAUUGAAAGUAUAGGUAGCCACUAUGCCGUAUCGGUGCUCGACAAAAUGCCUCAAAGGCCUAGAAAAACUUUGGAAACUAUGAUUACGUGCAACAAUCCUCAUGCUCUUGAUCUUAUUCAUAGGUUAUUGAUUUUCGCUCCACAUCGUCGCCUUACAGUCGAGCAGUGCCUCGUUCAUCCUUAUGUUCUACAAUUUCAUAAUCCAGCCGAUGAACCUAUAUUACCCUAUGAUGUGAACCUCCCACUACCAGAUCACAUCCAACUUUCUAUCGAUGAUUACCGUAACAAACUUUACGAAAUGAUGAAUCAAAAGAAAACGCACGUCAAGCGAAUACAGCACGAAAAAAUCCGAAUUGGGGAACGGCCACAUACCGUGAUAGCAAAGCCAUCAACGCCUGUGCGCGAAGUGAUGAAAGCUAAUGGUCGGAGUUCUUCGGGCACGGCUGGUGGAGCACCGAUCGCUCAAGCAGAAUGUAGCGACACCGAUUACGACACAGCAAGGAGUUUGGCCAGAGCGGCGAGUGUCGAGAAAAAUGGCAGUCUGAACAGUGGAAGUACGCUGAGGGAACGUGCUCAAUCUGCUGAUUCACGAUCGGCAAAAAGUAGUGGAACAGGCAAAGGACGAAGAAGAUCCAUCGAAAGACCGCGAAUGUUCAGUAGUAUGAAGCCGAGUCGACUCAUGAAUCCUCAUAAGCUCAUUUCAAACUAUUAA